AUGAGAAUAGGGAUAUAAAUUGUUAAUUAAUAUAAGUAUGAUAUACUCAUCAUACUUAUUAGAAAAGUUGAUUUAUCAAAAUAUUUUCAUAUUUAUCUUAUUUUAAAUUAACGAUUAUAUGUGUUAAUAAUAUUUAAUAAAUCCUUGAUUAUUGAAUUUAUUAACAAAAAAACAAUAAAGAAAAUAGAUGAUUCUUGA